CGUAAAAAAACUAUCAAAAUGCAGCUACGUGAUUCGACUAACCCUUCGGUUUCUACUCUGAGUUCUCGAGCAUUCGCAUUUUUGUAUUACGGUGUAUUCAAAGUAUUAGGACUGUCAACAUGGUGGUGCGACUUGGACAAACUGAUAGAGUUGGAACUGGAAGUAAACUUCUAUAAUCUGGAAUACGAGAUAACAUUCAACCAAAUGUACUACAAUGUUAUCUUAGGUGUUUACAUGACUUACCUUAACUACAAUUACUUCGUCUACGAAAGGGGGUACUUCCCCAAAAACAUUGGACUGAUGUCGGACGGCGCGGUUAAAUACUGCCAGGGUAUAUCCCUCGAGUCAUACUGGAUUGUGCUGAUGAUCUACAUGUUCAAGCAGCAUGUCCACGUAAAUAUCCUCAACAGAAUGACAGGCAUUGACGCCAAAUUGCUUGAAGUCUCGGGUCGCAAAGUCAAAAACGGCUUCAUGAUUUAUUUUAUGUUUCUCUUCCACUUUUCCAUGACCAUUGCGUUGAUAGUGCUGAAAGCGAUUGAUUUGUACGAUAAGCCAUACGAGCAAUGGUUCGUUACUGUUAUGCCGAGUAUUUUCUACAGUUGGAUGGUAUUGCACUACAUUCUAUCGCUUGAUUUCCUUCUCAGCCGAAUUCGAAUGAUCAAUAGGAUAGCAAAAAAUGCCAAUUACGGUGACAAGUUGAGCUUCGGAACGGUCAUCAAACUAUCAGACCAGAAAAAAACAAUCAAUGAUGAAAUUGAGAGUGUUACUGAAGUGUUUGAUGAGUUAGCUGAUAUGGUAGCUGGCUUAGCUAAGUUUUAUGAGCUACCACUGUUUAUUGCGGCUUUGAAUGCUUUGGGAAUUGCUACCUUCAUUAUCUAUUACAUUCAUUCGUGGCAUCAGGGAGACACAACUAUUAAAUCAUCAGAGCUCAUCAUUUAUCAACUAUGCCUCUCGACGAUAAUCAUCGAGGUUCUUUUAUUGACAUUUUACUAUCUUACUGUCCAGAAAAAGGUAACUCAUUUUUUAAUAUAA